GAGACGGCUGGCUGCCUUUCGAAUAAGAAUAUCAAUAUUGGUAGCUAUUAUGCUAUUUACUGUGAAAGCCAUGUCUGCACGAUUUGCUAUGACAUGGUACAUCAGUUCAUUGUUGGCUUCAGCAUAUGGGAAAAUUCACUUUAAUAUAACUCGCGGAAGCGUAGACAGAUAUACGAAUCCUGGUUGCGAGAGCGGUAUUUGUAUAAAGAGUUGCUCUUUUGGGGCUUCUUGUACAGCAGCUAAUAAUUGCUUUGAAUGCCAUUGCGAUGCCAAAUACCCAACGUUUUAUGGCGCUAAAUGCGUCAGGAAUGAGAGGCUUUCGUUAUCGCUAGAUGAUAGCCAAUCGUUUUUAGCGAACCGUUUUAUGGACACACUGAAUAAUUGCUUGGUACCAUAUUUUGAUGCCGUAAGUGUUACCACAGCCGAUACAUGUGACUUAAACAAUACUAAUCAACACUGGAUUUGGACUAAGCAUGGACAACUUUUAAAUGUGUACACUUUAAAAUGCCUUCAAACUUCGAAUAUACCAGUUUUUAAAUGGUAUCCUAAAGUGAGGCUAACUAAAUGUAAUGCAUCCGAUUCGAGACAAGUAUGGACAUGCUUGAAAGAAAAAGGUCUUGUUCGCCUAAGAUAUCUAAAACAACCACGGUAUCUCAACUAUGGGAAUGUCCUUUUUUAUGUGAUUGUCUUUCGUGGAACUGGCAUAUUCAGCCAAUGGAAACGUUAUUCGACUAAACAACCACUCUGUUCUUCUGUGUCGGCAUAUCACGGUUGCUACAAAUACUUGGACGGGUCAAGGAUGUUUAUAAUCAAGAGAGAAACACUGAACAAUUGCAAAUACUUCCAAAAUUACUGCGAACUAGAAAAACACAUUUCAGCUCCUAUAGAAGUUUCAAAUAAUGGUUAUUGCUAUAUCGAUUUGGAUAAAACGGAGUUUCUUAAUUACAGUCGAUGGCAUUACAUUCCAAAACGAAUUCUCGACAUAAGGUCGUUCCAGAUUGUGAAACGGAACUCGGAAACAAUCACCCUAAAGGUGAAUCUGACUGCUGCGCAUCAUCUUCGAGGACAUAUUAUCAAAAUAUAUAUUGGUUGUAGAAGUAAAAAUGAUGAACGAUCUUCCACCGAUCAGUUGACUCCCACAGAACAAGGAGGGAAUGAAACGCAUUGCGUUUUAGUGAAGUUUUCGGGGGAAUUUAAAGGUGCAUGAACAUCUCUCAUAAGAACACACACGAGGAACUACAUACAGUUUAACCAUAUUCUAUGCAAAUGGGCCGGUAUGGACAUUCCUUAUAUAGUUUUUGUUUAAGGAAGUGAUAACGGCUGUCUUCUGUAAGUCUAUCUCUGCUGUAACUCAACCCUUUCCCUUUUCAGAUUUCUCUUCUGUCAAAGUAAGUACAAGCAAUGGUAUUAUUUGUUAUCGUAGUAGUUUGUCUCCAGGCAAUUUAUUCGCAUAUGUGUAUUUAUGUUGUUGAAUCCAGUACUUUUCGCAUAUAUAUUAUGUAUAUAUUGAUGAACGAUUUAUCAAAACUCUGUCGUAGUUGCUUUAGAGUUAGUAUGUUAGCACUGUUUACCUAUAUAUCAUUGAAUUAUUUUUGAACAAGAAAUUUAAUUAACCUAAUGUGUAACCUAACAGUAUAAUGCGUGUAAAUUUAUACUAACUUUGCACUGAUAUAAGCGAAUCACGAUCAUAAUACUGAUUUCCCUUCCUUAUAUAUUACUGUAACUAAACCACAACCGCUAUAUAUUCCUGUUUAAGAAAACCUUGUUGUGGACGAAUUCGUAUACAUUUAAUUACUUUUCAAAUAGUUAUCGACUACACCAACGACGAGUCAAACUGUACAAAGUAGAGGUAUAAAAGGGAAAACGAUGUCUACAUUAUCCACAGUACGUCUAUGCACUCGUGUAGAGCAUCAGUCUCAAAGAGAACGAUCGCGAGAUAUAGCCGCAUACAUGCAUGGCAUGCAGAGGGAAAUCAGGAAGUUGAUCACAAUUUUCUAGCUUUUCUCUUCUUCCAGUGCUGCUAUUAUUUCCCAAUGUUUUCGGCACCCUUAAUAACUUGUUGAUGAAAGGGAGACUUUGUUUUAGAAUCAUAGAACAUGCAGAAAGAAAUCAGGAAGUUGAUCGCAAUUUUCUAGCUUUUCUCCUCUUCCAGUGCUGCUAAUUAUUUCCCCAUCCUUUCGGCACCCUUAAUAACUUGUUGAUGAAAGGGAAACUUUGUUUUAGAAUCAUAGAACAGAAUAUCAUCAUUUGUAAAUUUAGAAGGAUAUUUCCUCAACCACCAUGUCAGCCUACGCUGAAAAAAAUCAAAGCAAAAGCGAUUCAUCGACGUUGGUGAUUGUAAUCGUUG